CUCCGUUUUUUUUUGUGGCUACGGUCCUAAUUCCUACGUUUCCCAAACACCACUGCGAAGCCUGAAGCCGCCAUAUUGCAGUCGCCAGAACGCGCUGGCUAUUUCUCUGUAUCCACAACACAGAAAUAACCGACAGGAUGACACAGACUGUGCAGACGAACGGGGUUCAAGCCCUCAGUAAGACCUGGGAGCUCAGUCUGUACGAACUGCAGAGAACGCCGCAGGAAGCCAUCACAGAUGGUCUGGAGAUCGCGGUGUCUCCUCGCUCCCUCCACAGCGAGCUGAUGUGUCCCAUCUGCCUGGACAUGCUGAAGAACACCAUGACCACCAAGGAGUGUCUGCACCGCUUCUGUGCCGACUGCAUCAUCACCGCGCUGCGCUCCGGGAACAAGGAGUGUCCGACGUGCAGGAAGAAGCUGGUGUCGAAGCGCUCCCUGCGUCCAGACCCCAACUUCGACGCCCUGAUCAGCAAGAUCUACCCCAGCAGAGACGAGUACGAGGCGCACCAGGAGAGGGUACUGGCGCGCAUCAGCAAGCACAACAACCCGCACGCGCUCAGCAACAGCAUCGAGGAGGGGCUCAAGAUACAGGCCAUGAACAGGCUGCAGAGAGGUAAGAAGCACCAGCUUGAUCACGGCAGCGGCGCCGAGGACAACAGCUCCCACUGUAGCAACGCCUCGGUCCAUAGCAACCAGGAGGCGGGGCCCAGCAUCAAGCGAACCAAGACGUCGGACGACUCGGGGCUGGACAUGGACAACGCUGCGGAGAACGGGGCGGUGGAGCUGGCACUGGACGGGGCGAGCGAGAUAGAGCUGGUGUUCCGCCCUCACCCCACCCUCAUGGAGAAGGAGGACCCUGCCCAGACCAGGUACAUCAAGACGUCGGGUAACGCCACGGUGGACCACCUGUCUAAGUACCUGGCGGUGCGUCUGGCUCUGGAGGAGCUGAGGAGGAGCCAGGAGAGCAGCCCAGCCAGCGUGGACGCAGCCAGCGAAAAGCAGUACACCAUCUACAUCCCCUCAGCCAGCCAGCAGUUCACCGUCCUGAAUGGUUCAUUCUCUCUGGAGCUGGUCAGUGAGAAGUACUGGAAGGUCAACAAGCCCAUGGAGCUGUACUUUGCCCCCACUAAGGAGCACAAGUAGAGCAACUGACUGGAACAGACUCACAUCCCUCCCUCUAUCUCCCUCUCUAUCUCCCUCUCUAUCUCCCUCUCUAUCUCCCUCUCUAUCUCCCUCUCUAUCUCCCUCUCUAUCUCCCUCUCUAUCUCCCUCUCUAUCUCCCUCUCUAUCUCCCUCUAUAUCCCUCCAUCCCUCCCUCUAUCUCCCUCCAUCUCUCUCUAUCUCCCUCCAUCUCUCCCUCCAUCUCCCUCUCUCUGAUUCUCUCUCCCUUCCCCCACCCCCUCCCUCUCUGGAGGUCAGCAGAGGUACUACAGUCUUACUGAGAGCCUACAUGACUCUAACCUGGGACCCUAGCUGUCAUCCAUCACUCAUCAUCCAUCCUUUAGCUGUCAUCCAUCACUCAUCAUCCAUCCUUUAGCUGUCAUCCAUCACUCAUCAUCCAUCCUAGCUCAGCCUGUCAGAAAGCUGUCGGUGUUCAUGGUGCGUGACCACAACGGUUGUUUGUGAAGUGCCUCAGAGGAGCUGUGUGUGUGUGUCAGGUGGUGCUCCUGUAGGGUCCCCUAUCACCAUGGUUACCCGGUAGGUUUUCUGGUGGGUAGUGGCUGCCUGAGUGGUGUUUUAUAUAUCUCUUUUGUACAGGGGGGGGGGGGGGGGGGGGGGGAGGAGGGGGGGGGGGGGGAGGGAGGGUGGGGAGAGGUUGAGGGGGGGUUGGGUUGGGGUGUCUAUGGAGAUUUACCUACAUGUACGUACGACUUUCUUUUUAUGAAAUGUUUUUGUUUUUGCCAACACAGCCCCAGUGAGUUCAGGAGGAGGAGGAGGGGCUAGUCAGAGGGGGCGGGGCUAGUCAGCACCACACACCUCCAUCACCUUCACCCCCUCGAGUGUGUGUGUGUGUGUGUGUGAGUGUGUGUGUGACUGAAUAAGAGGCUGAAGUGUGUUCUCUCAUAUUCUCCACUGAAAAUACUUUUUAGAGCAUGUUGAGUUUUUAGUUGAGCUAGUCUUCAACGUAAAUAUAAUUUUUUGUUGUUUGGGGAAAACUGUAUACUGCAUUAUCUGUUUGGGAAAAUAAACAAUUUGUGUGUCAACAUUAA